CGCACCGCCGCCCUCCCGCCGUCCCGGGGCGCCCUUCGGCUGCCGCCGCCCCCGGACGGAGCCGCUCUGGAGCUUGCGGUGCUGGCGGGCAUCGCGCCUGCGUCCCGGCGGUGAUUCCCGGUACCGGUGGUCAGGCUGGGUUAUCCCCGCUCCCUGGGAAGCUGGCAGCGCGGGCGGCGGGGCCCGAGCGACUGCGGGCGGAGAGACAGGAGACACUUGAUUCCAUCAUGACUGCAUCAGCCAAAUACAACUCCCGGGGUCCAGCCCUCAUCCCAAGGAUGAAAACCAAGCAUCGCAUCUACUACAUCACCCUCUUUUCCAUAGUCCUGCUUGGCCUGAUUGCCACAGGAAUGUUUCAGUUCUGGCCUCACUCUAUCGAGUCCUCCAGUGACUGGACUGUUGAGAAACGUAGUGUCCAUGAUGUGCCUGUGGUCAAGCUUCCUGCUGACAGCCCCAUUCCCGAGCGGGGAGACCUCAGCUGCAGGAUGCACACCUGCUUUGAUGUCUAUCGCUGUGGCUUCAACCCCAAAAACAAGAUCAAGGUGUACAUCUACUCCUUGAAGAAGUACGUGGAUGAGUAUGGGAUGCCAGUGAGCAACACCAUUUCCAGGGAGUACAACGAGCUGCUGACUGCCAUCUCUGACAGUGAGUUCUACACCGACGAUGUCACCCGGGCCUGCAUCUUUGUGCCAUCCAUCGAUGUCCUCAAUCAGAACACACUCCGGAUCAAGGAGACAGCUCAGGCUCUGGCACAGUUAUCCAGGUGGGAUCGAGGCACAAAUCACUUGCUCUUCAAUAUGCUGCCUGGAGGGCCACCAGAUUAUAACACUGCCCUAGAUGUUCCUCGGGACAGAGCUCUCCUGGCUGGGGGAGGCUUCUCCACAUGGACUUACAGACAAGGCUACGAUGUCAGUAUUCCUGUUUACAGCCCUGUGUCUGGGGAAGUGGAUCUGCCAGAAAGAGGACCAGGCCCUCGUAGGUAUUUUAUCCUGUCCUCCCAGAUGGCUCUGCACCCAGAAUACCAGGCUGAGCUGGAAGCUCUUCAAGCUGAGAAUGGGGAAUCAGUUUUGAUCCUGGACAAAUGCACAAAUCUCUCAGAUGGGGUCCCUGCUCUUCGGAAACGUUGUCACAAGAACCAAGUUUUUGAUUAUCCUCAAGUGCUUCAGGAGUCCACAUUCUGUGUUGUCGUGCGUGGGGCCCGCCUGGGCCAGGCUGUGCUCAGUGAUGUGCUGCAGGCUGGCUGUGUCCCUGUCAUCAUUGCUGACUCCUACAUCUUGCCUUUCUCUGAGGUUCUGGACUGGAAAAGGGCCUCUGUGGUCAUCCCUGAAGAGAAGAUGCCUGAAAUGUACAGUAUUCUGCAAAGUGUCCCCCAGAGACAGAUUGAGGAGAUGCAAAGACAGGCAAGGUGGUUCUGGGAAGCAUAUUUUCGCUCAAUGAAAGCAAUUGCUCUGGCUACUCUUCAGAUCAUCAAUGACAGGAUUUACCCAUAUGCUGCCAUUUCUUAUGAGGAAUGGAAUGACCCCCCCUCUGUGAAAUGGAGCAGUGUGAGCAACCCCCUCUUCCUGCCACUGAUCCCCCCUCAGUCCCAGGGUUUCACAGCCAUAGUCCUGACCUAUGACCGUGUGGAGAGCCUGUUCAGAGUCAUCACUGAGGUCUCCAAAGUGCCCAGCCUGUCCAAGCUGCUGGUUGUGUGGAACAACCAGAAUAAAAACCCCCCAGAAGAUUCCCUCUGGCCCAAGAUUCGUGUUCCCCUGAAGGUUGUCAGGACUGCAGAAAACAAGCUCAGCAACCGCUUCUUCCCCUAUGAUGAGAUUGAAACAGAAGCUGUCUUGGCUAUUGAUGAUGAUAUCAUUAUGCUGACCUCAGAUGAACUCCAAUUUGGCUAUGAGGUUUGGCGUGAGUUCCCUGACAGGCUGGUGGGUUACCCAGGUCGCCUGCAUCUUUGGGACCAUGAGAUGAACAAAUGGAAAUAUGAAUCAGAAUGGACCAAUGAAGUCUCAAUGGUGCUCACCGGGGCAGCCUUUUACCACAAGUAUUUCAACUAUCUUUACACCUACAAGAUGCCUGGAGACAUCAAGAACUGGGUGGAUGCACAUAUGAAUUGUGAAGAUAUUGCCAUGAAUUUUCUAGUGGCAAACGUCACUGGCAAAUCAGUCAUUAAGGUGACCCCAAGGAAGAAGUUCAAGUGUCCAGAAUGCACAGCAAUUGAUGGGUUAUCACUGGACCAGACACACAUGGUGGAGAGAUCUGAAUGCAUCAACAAGUUUGCCUCUGUCUUUGGGACCAUGCCUCUGAAAGUGGUGGAGCACCGAGCUGACCCUGUCCUGUACAAAGAUGACUUUCCUGAGAAACUCAAGAGUUUUCCCAAUAUCGGCAGCUUGUAAAGACACCUGGGAGACAAACAAUGGCCAAAAAGGUGCUGUGAGGAACAGAAGGCCCUGAAGAUUUAAAAAAAAAAAAAAAAAUGAUGGCUAGAAAGUGGGUUAUACCCGUGGGAGAUGAGGAUGGAUGUUUUAUCCUGGUGUGUUGGCUUCCCUUGUGUGAAGAUGCAAUGGAAAGCUGAACAACUGCUUCUCUGUUGCUCCCAGAGGAUUGAGGCUCUUUGUGAGCCUUCCCAGAGCUGGCAAGCACACACUUUUCUCCAAAGGAGGCUGUGGACCUGGAAGAACCAGCCAGGAUCUCCUCUCUCUCUCUCUGUGGUCUGACUGGCAGAACUGACCUGUUGAAUUCUCUGGUUUGUAAGCAUCCAGCCAGCCAUCCAUCCAUCCAAGGCAACUCUCUGCAAUGUCUAGCUGCUCUCUUUGGGAAGGAGUUUAGUGCCUCUGUGGCUGGUGGGCCUCUCUUUUGAGCUUAAUUCUUGGCCUAGGCAACCUUUUUUUGGGACCAACCUUUUUUUUUUUUGUUAAAUCAUAGAAUUGUCAGGGUUGGAAGGGACCCUAAAGCUCCCCCAGUUCCAACCCAUGGGCAGGAACACCUCCCACCAGGUUUUCUGCCUAGUGAGACAACUGUUUUCUUUUUUUACACCACCAGCAACAAAUAUCUGUGUGUUAUCACAGGGUUUAAAGGGCAAAGCAUUAUGUUUUGCUUAAAUUAUUUUGAUGGGAACUGAGGCAUACAGCAGCUGGGAGGAUGGUCUCCUUCAAAGCAGAGACCUGCAAGACAGGACUCCAAAUUCUGCACUUUUU